AUGGAAACACGGAUGGAUGGACCAGUCUAUUUUUAUCAAAUUGUGUACAUCAGCAUUCUGUCUACAGCUUGUUGCAGCUUGCCUGAAAGAGGGCCACCUCGCAACCUACAAAUGGAAUCUUGCAAUUUUCAGCACAUUUUGUCCUGGCAGGCAAAAAGUGAUCCAACUGUGCCAACGUACUAUCGUGUGCUGUACACUGACCGCAGGAACUGGAAGACUGCUAAACAAUGUUCAGAUAUUACACAACUCUCCUGUAACCUGACAGAUGAUUUUAAAGAGUUAUCUACUCAGUAUUCUGCAUUGGUUCAGAGCUUCAUAGGAACUGAAGUAUUCAAUUCUUCUGUACUUCAUUUUGUGCCAUUUACUGACA